AUGGCAUCUCUCACCCACAGCUCGCGGGCGCUGUUGCGUGCUGCCCCACGCACCGUAGGCAGCGUGCGCGCGCUCAGCACGACUACGCAGAAAAAUGCCUCGGGCGAGUCCGGCGUCAACACCCCGGCCUUCGAGAGCCCCUUCAAGGCCAGCGCCAGCAAGGCCCAGACCAGCAAGAUCCCCGAUUUCAGCAAAUACAGGAGCAAGAAUGCCACGAGCAGCAACCUCAUGUUCCAAUACUUCAUGGUUGGGUCGAUGGGCGCGAUCACCGCCGCGGGUGCGAAGUCUACCGUUCAAGAUUUCCUUGUCAACAUGUCCGCAUCUGCUGAUGUCUUGGCCAUGGCCAAGGUCGAGGUUGACCUUGCUGCUAUCCCAGAGGGCAAGAACGUCCUCAUCAAAUGGCGUGGAAAGCCAGUCUUCAUCCGUCACCGUACAGCCGACGAGAUCAAGGAGGCCGAGGAUAUCAAGAUCGAGUCGCUACGUGAUCCCCAACAGGAUGCCGACCGUGUUAAGAAGCCAGAGUGGUUGGUCAUGAUUGGUGUCUGCACACAUUUGGGAUGCGUACCUAUUGGCGAGGCUGGUGACUUUGGCGGAUGGUUCUGCCCGUGCCACGGUUCUCACUACGAUAUCUCCGGACGUAUUCGCAAGGGACCAGCACCGCUCAAUCUCGAGAUUCCAGAGUACGACUUCGCGGACGAGACCAACCUGGUCAUUGGUUAA